AUGUCCCCGCCUCGACUUCCUGGAUGCUUCAGCGCGUUAUUUCAUCGGUCGUCCAAGCCUUCUGGAAAGGCUAACAAGGACGCCACGAACAAGAGCCCAGCUCCCAAAUAUGAAGACGUUUACAAAUCCGAUCUAACGCCGCCAUGUCGCCAAAUGAAUCUGUGCUGCGACUUUUCUUACGCUCCGCCAGAGAAAUGGUGGCCAAGUGAAGGGGAAGAAAAGCCUCCAGCGUAUUCUCCUUCGGACUCUUUAAAGGACAUCUAUCGACCGGACGUGCUUCGGACUAUCGAACGCAAACUUGAUGAACUGAACCCUGAAUUGCGGGAUUUGAGCCUUCAAAUACAUGGACAUCCUGAAUUGGGUUUCGAGGAGAAGUUCGCUCAUGACCUGUUGACGGACUUUAUGUUCAGCCAUGGGUUUACUGUCACCCGACAUUACCUAGGUCUUGACACUGCAUGGAGAGCUGAAUUCCAGCGCUCUGAAGGAGGUCGAGUCCUUGGGAUUAACUCCGAAAUGGACGCCCUACCUGGAAUGGGCCAUGCUUGUGGGCAUAAUCUGAUUGCCAUGAGUGGAGUUGGUGUGGCCAUCGCAGUCAAAGCGGCUUUGGAAGCUCACGACAUCCCUGGCAAAGUGAUUCUCUUGGGAACACCUGCUGAAGAAGGGGGAGGGGGGAAGAUUAUUCUGCUCGAUCGAGGUGGUUAUGAUGAGAUGGACGCGUGUGUGAUGUGUCACCCCAGUCCCGGUCCACAGCAGUCAGCAAGCACGGGGAGCACAAAUGCCAUGCAACCCAUUAAUGUCGAGUAUUUUGGUCUUGCUGCACACGCAGGCGCCUCGCCGUGGGAAGGAACGAAUGCGCUUGACGCUGCCUUCCUUGCGUAUUCCGGCAUUUCCGUACUUCGGCAGCAGAUAAAACCUGAUCAUCGUGUCCACGGCAUCAUCGGCCCAGGUAAAGACUGGGCAGUGAACGUGAUACCUGAUUAUGCAUCCAUGCAGUGGAUAAUACGCACGGCAACAUAUCCAGAACUCAAGGUAUUUCAAGAAAGAGUGGUGGCAUGCCUUCAAGCGGCGGCGAUGGCGACAGGAUGCGAAUAUAAAAUAACGUAUGGCCUGCCGUAUUAUGACCUACACCAGAACCCUGCUAUGGGUGAAGAGUUCUCCAAGAUAGUGGGUCACCGCUAUGGCUUCAUUACAAGCACCGACGGAAGUACUGCAUCGACAGAUUUCGGUAAUGUGACAUAUCGUCUACCUUCUCUCCACCCAAUGUUCGCGAUACCUACUUCGCCUGGUGGUGGCAACCAUACGCCUGCAUUUGCCCAGUCGGCGAGUACGAAGGCAGCCCAUGAUGCCGCUAUUGUCAUCACAAAGGGUCUAGCACAUACAGGCUUGCGGCUUCUGUCCGACGACGCAUUCUUCGCCCAGGUGCAGUGUGCUCACCAAAUGGUCAACGGCAAAUGA